CCCGGGCCCGUCGCUGCCCUCGAGCAAACAUCGUCACGCUCCGCAAACUAACGCUUGUUACACUUAACGAAGUCCAGUGAAGUUCACUUACAAUAUAGAGGAUAUAACAGUGACUGAAAACUUUUGAAAAUUUUAACUGUCUUCAGUUCUCGCGGUGAUGGUCUCUUUCAAGUUGUAUCGCUAUAAUUUCUCAGACUGAUGUUUGAAUUCAAUUUUAUAAUGACCAAUAUUGCCGCCCAAGUUUCGUAAACUCACUGAGCCUAUAAUGAAUAAAUAAAGUAUUUUCGUAGAGUUAUAAAGCUAUGAAGUGAAGUAUUAAUUAUGGCAGACAAAUUAAAUGAAUACCAAGGUGUGACGGGGCGUCUUCACGGUGUGCGGGACAAGUACAAGGAACGGUGGAGCAACUGGAGGGAGCAGCACCCCCGAGGGGUUAAGGAUGUGGUCAAGGAGUCGCUUUUUGGGAUCCCCAACUCGGACGAGCCUCCGGAAAGGGUCUGGCAGGAUAGCGCGUACAGUGAUUUAUUUAGGAGGAAAAGCCGCGUCGAACUCAUGCGUAUAUCGGCAGCAGUGAUGGGCAUAGAGUUCUCGUACGCUGGAGAAACAGCAUUUGUGUCUCCAACCCUGCUGCAGAUAGGGGUGCCUCACCAACAGAUGACUCUGGUGUGGGCAUUGUCACCACUCAUUGGGUUCUUCAUGACCCCACUGCUGGGUUCGCUGAGUGACAGGUGCAAGUCAAAGUUUGGGAGAAGAAGACCUUUCAUUGUGCUAAUGUCAUUUGGAGUUUUACUUGGUUUAAUCUUAGUGCCAAAUGGGGAGGCGAUAGGCUACGCGCUUGGUGACGAGCGACCCACAAACCAAACUGGAGUGCCCUCAGUCUUGGGCCCUCGGAGUUCAGCCUUGGAAGAAGAGAGGACGAACUAUCACCCCUGGGGAGUCCUCUUCACAGUCCUGGGAACUGUUUUCCUGGACUUCGAUGCUGACGCCUGCCAAAGCCCGGCCAGGGCUUAUCUGCUGGACGUGACAGUACCAGAGGAUCAUGCCAAGGGUCUGAGUACCUUCACAGUGAUGGCGGGCCUGGGAGGGUUCUUCGGGUAUGCAUUAGGAGGAAUCAACUGGGACGAGACACGAUUAGGCGAGUUGUUCGGCGGCCACGUCAGAGCAGUCUUCUCUCUCAUCACCAUCAUCUUCAUCUUUUGCGUCUCUGCUACCGUGACCAGCUUCAAGGAGAUUCCUUUAGAGGAGCUGAACUACCAAGACGAGUUCAGGAAGCUGGCUCAGACUGAAAGGAACCAGGAGAGCUUCGACGCUGGGGAUGAGGGACCUGAGAAGGGUACCAUGAAGAAGAACGCCACUUAUGGGUCUUUGAACCCGCCAGAGACCGGAACUCCAUCCGUCCCGAUACCAGAAGCGACGCACGCGCAGUCUCUGACCCUCGCCCACUACCUGAAGUCCAUCGUCAUGAUGCCAGCCUCCCUUCGCGUGGUAUGCCUAACCAACCUCUUCUGUUGGAUGGCCCAUGUGUGCUACUCGCUGUACUUCACUGAUUUCGUUGGGGAGGCUGUGUUUGGAGGAAAUCCCGCUGCGCCGGUGGGUUCGGAGAGCCGCGUGGACUACGAGGCCGGCGUCCGCUUCGGAUGCUGGGGCAUGGCCAUGUACUCGCUCUCCUGUGCCUGCUACUCCACCGUCAUUGAGAAACUCAUCAAGCGCUUUGGAGCCAAGAAGGUGUACGUGGGGGGUCUCUGCACGUACAGCUGCGGAAUGUUCCUGCUGUGUGCCAUCCGCGCACGCGCAGCUGUACUGCUGUUCAGCUGGACGGCCGGCGUCAUGUACUCCACGCUGUUCACCAUGCCUUACUUGCUAGUAGCGCACUACCACGCGACAGGGACGUGGGACAACGCAGGAGGCGGUUGUGGGCAGGAGCGUGGUAUCGGCACCGAUGUAGCCGUGGUCAGCAGCUGCGUCUUCGUGGCGCAACUCCUCGUCUCAGUCAUCAUGGGACUGGCCGUCAAGGCCAUGGGCACCACCGCAGCGGUGGUAGCGGUGGCGGCAGCGCUCGCCGCCGCCGCUGCCGUCACCGCCACCAAAAUCACAUAUCUGGAUUUGUAAUCUCUUAAGUUUAAAUAAUUGCGAUUAAGUUGUAGUUUGGUCGUCAAUUUUUUUUUAUUCUGUACUAUGUUCGUACUAGCAAAUUGGCUUGAAUUUAAACAUAACUGCGUCUUCGUGGUGCAACUCCUGUUCUCUAUCAUCAUAGGGCUGCCCUCAAGACCAUAUCACCGCCACCAAAAUCACGUGUAAUCUGAAUUUGUAAUCUCGUUUAAAUCUGAUUUGCUAUGGAUAAUUUUUAAGUUGUAGGUAAGGCGUUUACUUCUUUGUUAUGUACUAAAACCACAUUAGUCGGUCGUACUACAAAAUGUCUAAAUGCUCGCAAAAAGUGAUCAUGGAGAAUGGUGAAUAAUGGGGUAACCCAUUUAAUUGAGUUACGUUAUUUGUUUGAACUAUUUUUAUGGUUUUCAGGUUUACGUUAGGUUGCCAUAUCCUUGCCAAACAUGGAGCUUUCUCACAAAAUAAUUAAAAAAUAUAAUACCUAAAAAAAUAUAAUAUUUAUGGCUCAUUCAAGUGUUUAACUUACAAAAUAACAAUAUUAUUUAAAACCAUCUACAGCUACGUAUAAGUUUGCAAUGCAGGAGCGUUUAUUGGAAUACUUAAAACCAUUAAAAACUCUACUUUAAUACCUAGUCCUGUCAUUAUGGUCAAGUUGGCUCUAAAAUAUUGGACAGUUUGAUGCAAAUAAUUGAAUCUUGAUAUUUCAAUAAUCGAAUUUCAGAUAAACGAGAAAUAUUGUGUAUAGUACGUCAAACUACUCUGUUGUUACAAAAUAAUUCCUAAUACAACGAUAUAAGGUGCCACAGUAUUCAGCUUAAAGCUCGAAAGACCAGUAUUGAUUUGUAUUAACAUAUCUCGGUUAAAGAUCACUAUCGUAUUAAAAUAGUAAGACCCGUGUCUUACUAUUUUAAUUGAAAUGGAACGCGAAAGUUUAAAAUCUUAUAUCAAUAAAAAGGCUGACAAUAGUGACUGCGUUUCUUGAGCUCUGGGCCAGAGCCUCUGGUCCACAUUUUUGUCGACAAGCAUUGGUUGAAAAAUCAAUGUUUUGACGUUGGGUGUCACAAACUACAUAUUUGACGCUGAUUGUACACUACUUAUAAAGUUUUAUCCGACUACGGUGAAUCAUAAAGAGAGAGAGUGAUUUAUUCAGCUGGUUUUACCAUCGUAAUUUUCCUGAAGAAGACCUUCUAUUUCUUUCCUUUUUGAUUCUUUUUCUUCUUCUAUCGUGCAAAUUGUAACCCCGAUGUCAGGUGUAGUGUCCUUUUUAUUUAUCAAAGUUACUCUAUUACAUUUUAUUAUAAUAAAUAGUCAUAUUGAGUGAUUGUUAGUCAUUCUACAUGAUUUUACUACAUUCUUUUUAUAAUGACGACAUGAAUUGUGAUCUUGAAAUCAUGACAUUUGCAUUCAAAAGGAAUACAUGACAAUAAAAUAAGUUAUUUAAGUAUAAUUGGAUCUUCGGAACAACAUACUAUAAGUCCUAGUUAUCACAUUUGUAUGUUAUUUAAAUAGAGAUAUGACUGUUGUUAUUGUAUUUAAAGUAAUGUUAAAUGAUCUAUUUACACGUUGAAUAUUAACUUGAUUUAUGGCUUUAGUUAUGCAAAAUGUAUGUAUGUCCCUAUAUUUAUGUAUUAUCAAAUUAAUAUAAUAAAAUGUACGCAACUUAGGCUAUGUGUGCAUGCUAUGUGAAUAGAGAAUCGAUAGAUGAUUGAUAUUUAAAGAACUGAAUGUGAUCUUUAUAAUAAUUAAGUUUCAGAUAUUUGAUAAACACUUGACUUAAUCCAUGACACUACUUAUUGUACUUAGGCUGGGUUGCACCAUCUUACUUUAGCUUUGACAAACGUCAAAAAUCUGUCAAACUCUAUACAAAAAGCACCGGUUAUUGUUAAAGUUACGGUGAAAGUAAGUUGGUGCAACUCAGCCUUUAGUUUUAUUAAUAUUUAUUUUCUAAACUGUAAAGAAUGACUGUAAGAAACAAUACCAAAACACUUAUAUUAAGCUUAUUUAUUAACGUAUUAAUGUGAAUAUAAUUGGUUCGAAUUAUAAUGGAUAUGAUGAGAAAAUAA